AUGCUUUUCGGUUCCUUCAGCUGGGCCUUGCUCAGCAGUCUUGUAACCAAAACAGUCGCAAACGGCAGCGGUGGCUGUUGGACCAACAACUGCACAGACCCCAUUGAGCUCGUGCCAGCACCAUGGACCCUCCACGGGACCGGCUGGGCGAUUCCCCUGCCGGCCGCCUUAUCAUUGCCUGAGAAAACGGAUUCGCCCCUUGAACGCCAACAGGGCUCAAAGGCGACGGCGGGGCUAUACACAGGUAUUGUUGGCGCCAUUCAAAUGAUCCGGUACACCGACACCCCCGUCGGUCCGUACGAUGAGUUCGUCCUCAUACCAGGGGCAUUUACAUACUCAGGUCCGUAUCUGGGCCUUCCCCAAACGGACUUGCGGGUCUCGCGCAUGUACGUCAGCCAGAAGUACACGUGCUACAAUGGCCGCGCCAACUGGAACAUUCCCAAACAUCUCGCCUCGUUCAACUGGACCGAUAACGCUGACGGAAGCACCACUCUGAAACUCUAUCCACACGACACCACCGGCGACGAAAGUGAGGCAUCUCCGGCCGACAAGCCCUUCUUCCAGGCCAUCAUCUAUCCCGAUGUCAGCCCCGAUCUCUCGGUCAACUUCAGUUCCCCUUUGAUCCCCGAGGGCGUGCCGGUCAGGCUGAACCAAGCGCCCCUGCCCUCGGGCAGCGGAAGUUACGGUGAGCUGCCUGGAACUGAAACGUGGGGCAACACUGUGCUGGCACUGCAGGAUACGACGCCGGGCGUGGCGAUGGUGGAUCUGGACCAGGGCGCCGGGGAUGCGGUUGCAGGUGAGGAUGUAAAUGCAGUUGGCGAUGAGUUCUACCAGAACUUCUGGCCCACAUUGGGCCGAUGGAAUGCGGCUGUUAAGCUGGAAGACUUUACUAUAAUUUUCAAUCCGGCUGAAACAUGGGGGUAG